AUGCUUCACUCACAAUCAUCGGUCCACCCACACGAUCUCCCCAACCUCCCCACCCCCACUCCCUCUCCCUCUCCCAACAGCCAGGGCUCUCGUGCUCUCCUCCUCAUCGCGCCACCGGGGGAGGCUCUGGACUUGAUUCUCCUCAUGUUUUCAACAUUUCCUCUCUCCGCCCUCCCUCACACCCCGAUUACACCCCUUGCACUCCCAACAGCCAGGGCUCUCUUCUCUCGCGCGCUCCUCCUCAUCGCGCCACCGGGGGAGGCCCUUGAUUUCAUUCUCUUCAUGCCGCCUGCUGCUGUCGUGCUCGAGAUACAACCCUCCUCCCAUCCCUCCUCCUCCCACCGCGCUCUCUCUCACUCCCUCUCCCUCCGCCACCACACUCUCUUCUGCAAGUAUCGAAACCUUCCCGGGCAGCCCGAAAAACUCCUCUGCAACCGCCUCGCGCUGACGCUCCUCGUGCAGCUUCUCUCAACCGAAGUUUUCUUCAGCCCGGCGCUGCCCGGAGGCAGCCGGGCAGAACGGGCAGCCCUGCGAACAAAUUCCAUCCCAGGAUCCCUCAUCCACGGGCAGCAACAGGUGAAAAUCUUCAAACACUGGGCAGCCUGCAUCGGCAACAAGGGCAAGUGGGUCCGAAACCCUAAACCCCGCACUCUCCCUUGGGAUUACCGCGGGGUGAGCAACAUGUGCGACAGAAGAUACCUCGAAUCACACCCUGCCGGCAUGGCAUAUGCAAAGUAUGCAGAUGCUUAUGCCAUGAGCCCAGGGGCGACUGAGGAGGGGUGGACGGUGCGGGAGGGGGUGAAGUACGAGUGGGUGGUUGGGCCCUCCACAUGCCCUGCACCUCAAAUACCCGAGGAGAUCAAAGCCUUUGAACGAUCGGCCAAGGCACGACUCGAGGAGAUUCAGCUGGAGAAGGGUGGAAUGGCGGAAGCAAGAAGAGCAGCAGAGGCAGCGGCAGCAGCGGCGGCGGUGGCUCUUUCGAACCCGUUUCUGCCGUUCAACGCGUCAGUGUUCUGCGAGCGGGUGGGGCGAGGGCGGCGUAUUCUUGUAGUGGGGGACUCGAAGCAGUAUCAGAUGGUAGAGUCGUUUUUGAACUUGAUGGCGUGGGAUAGGAAGAAGCCGGCAUGGGAGAUGGUGGGGUUGGAGGAUCAUCCAAAGCGGUGUGUGGACGUGCUGGGAGGGGACCCUGAGAAGAUGGCCCAUGAAUUCUGCCAGUGGUACACCUUCAACUCCUCAGCCUGCCCGGGCCUCAGAAUUGAUUACCUUCGCAACGACCACAUCUCCAUCUUUGAUUCUAGAGGACCCAAUUUCGACCGCAUGCCGUGGGCUCAACCGGGGGUUGCCGAUAUCCCCUCUGCAGACGUCAUCGUUUUAAAUAGAGGCCAGCACUGGACCCCCACGCCGCUCUUCGUCUCGGGUGUGCAAAAUGCGCUGCGCUUCGUGAGGUAUUAUUUCCCGGGUAAACUUAUUAUUUACCGGAACACCCCCCCGGGGCACAACAACUGCGAAAAUUUCGACCGCCCGUUGGAGAAGCGGCAGCCGACGGAGAGCCUGCCGUAUUACUGGAGGGAUUUACCCGAGCAAAAUCGGCUGGCUAAAGAAUUGGUGGAGCAGGUCGGAGGGGUGUAUCUGGAUGUGGAGGAGAUGUUGGCUUUAAGGGCAGAUGGGCAUCAUGGCUCGGCAGCCCGGCAGCAGUUCGCCUCGGUACCGGACCUGGAGGCAGCUAUGUACACCGAAGCUGCGAACUGGCCCUGCGUGCGGCUGCUGUCGACUGAAGGGCCUAUUGGGUGUGGAAACCCUGGCAGGGAGAUUGUGUCAGCCCCAAUUCAGGCCAUCUCUUUGCCCUCCCAGCUCUCUCUGCUCAAAUCGCCUCGAGCCCUCCUCGUCUCGCCAGCAGUGCUUCACCCCGUGCUCUCACUGAUAUCCAAGGAUCCAAUCAUUGCCAGCCACGUGGCAGGGAUCAUGGUAGAGUCUGCUAACCAAUCAUCUGUCCCUGCGCUCUCCCCCGCCUCUCCUUUUCCCCAGUCAGCCUUCGCCACCUACCCCAACACCUCCUACCCCUGGAACCCCCUCGGUUCCUCCCUCGACCGCUUGCCGUUCUCCCUCCCGAUCUCCCUGCUCUCGGAUCAAGCUACAGCGGAUGUACGCCUUAAAGCAGAAGCCAACAGUCGACGGGACUUCCGCUACCCACUAUACAUGGCAGAAUUCGAUGCUAUCAUGACUACCACACGAAUAGGAGCAACCACAUCCCAAGCCUGUCUCAACAAUCUUUCCUGCCUCCCCCUUGGCGGUUACAGUGUGAUGGCAUCUCUACCUCCCAUAAACGUCGCAAGCAAGGAACCUUCCAAGAAGCCGCUGGUGAUCGCCAUGGCUCAGAUGGAUGCUGCCUCGCUGUUCCGCGAUGCUGCUGUCGGAGCCGAGUCUCCCAUUUCCGGUCUCAUCUGUUUGCUAGCAGCAGCAGAUGCCAUUGCAUCUCUCCUUCGAAAACCCUCCGUCCCAGACCUUCCCAAGCAGCUUGUCUUCCUUGCUCUAAACGGCGAGCGAUGGGGCUACCUGGGAUCGCGGCGACUUCUAUUUGAGCUGGAAAAGUGGUCCAAGGGGGAGGAAGGAGUAGGGAGAGAUGUGCUGCAAGGGCUUUCUUUUGAAGACUUCACAGCGGCACAGAUGCUGGAAGUCGGUUCGGUGGGAAUGGCAGGAGCAGGAGGGAAUGGGACUCAGGAGGAUGUGACACUGUUUGUGCAUCACGAGAAGCCCAUGCCAGCAGGAGCAGCAGCCAUUGCAGAGGCGCUGAGAACAGCAGCAGCAUCCAUCCAAGGGAAUCCUCAAGAAGGAGAAACUGCAUCCGCAGCAGAAGAGGAGGGGCAGGAGAUUGCUGGUGGUGUCCGUGUGGAGGAAGCCAGUGAGGAGACACCGGGGUUCCCACCCUCGUCAUUACUCGCACUAUCUGCUGAGCAUCCAGGUAUAUCUGCUCUUCAUCUCUCCGACUUCAACCAACAAGUCUCCAACCCUUACCUCAACAGCCACCUCGACACGCUCCCCUCCGUCCACCUCCCCUCCCUCACCCUCUCCUCCACCCUCCUCGCCCGCUCCCUCCUCCUCCUCUCCGGCGCACCUCCCUCACUCGCCCUCCAAGCAUCAGUUAACACCUCCCUCAUAUCCAACCUCAUUCUCUGCCUCCUCUCCCCCUCUCCUGGCCUCCUCUGCCCUCUCGCCUCUUCCCUCCUCACUCCGCGUGACCCUGCUCCUAGUCAUUACGCUGGGGUAUUCUUAGGGGUUCCUCCAUCUGUCUCUCCCUCCUCCUCCUCCCCUCCUUCCUCCUCUUCUGCCUCCUCUCCUCCUCUGUAUACCCUUGCUGAUACCCCCCGGUUUGUGUGGAAUUUCCUGGCUAAGACAACGGCUGUGAAGCCUAGACAAGGGGAGGAGGGAGGGGAGGAAGGGGAGGAGAGAGGGAAGGAAGGGGAGGAGAGAGGGAAGGAAGGGGAGGGGAGGGAGGGAAGGGAGAUAAGGGAAGUUGCAGGAAGUGGAGGGAAGGGAGGUAAGCUGAAAGAGUGUGUGGAAAAUAAGGACUGUGCGGCAGCAGGGGAGGUGUGUGUGGGAGUGCUGGCAACAGCUAAAGGCGAAUGCCUUCUUUCUUCCACCACCUAUAUCCCAGCGUUAUCCCCUCGGCUGGUCUUCAACAGCACCCAUUGGAGCAUAGCCCCUCCGCGACCAGGCAGCCAUGGGGAUCUGGUGGACCCUGUUUGGACCGAGAGCUUUUGGCAGCACCUCAAGCUGAGGAGUUACCUGGUGGAUGAUCCAAUAUGGGAUGCUUCGAUACUGCUUGGAGGAGUGGUGUGGGUGGUGGUGCUGUGUGUGCUUGUCAACUGGGCUGAUAAAGCUGUUACGCAGACGCUCAAGCGGGUGUAG